CCAUCUCGGUGAAGUCCGACCUUAGGGGGAGCUACCCCAGGGCCGGCAGCCCUCCUCCCCUGCCCACAGCCCUGCCCUGCUCGGCCCCAUGCCCCCGCCAGUCAGCCCCGGGCCACAGGCAGCAAGCAGGCACGCGGGAGCCGAGGCCCUGUGACCAGGCCAAGGAGACGGGGGCUCCGGGGUCCCGGCCACCUGUCCCCCCCAUGGAGCUGAGGCCCUGGUUGCUAUGGGUGGUAGCAGCAGCGGGAGCCUUGGUCCUGCUGGCGGCCGAUGCCUGCGGCCAGAAGGUCUACACCAAUACCUGGGCUGUGCACAUUCCCGGAGGCCCCUCCGUGGCUGACAGCCUGGCACGAAAGCAUGGCUUCCUCAACUUGGGCCAGAUCUUCGGCGACUAUUACCACUUCUGGCAUCGAGCGGUGACAAAGCGGUCCCUGUCGCCUCACCGCCCGCGGCACAGCCGGCUGCAGAGGGAGCCUCAAGUACAGUGGCUGGAGCAGCAGGUGGCAAAGCGAAGGACCAAACGGGAUGUGUACCAGGAGCCCACGGACCCCAAGUUUCCCCAGCAGUGGUACCUGUCUGGCGUCACCCAGCGGGACCUGAACGUGAAGGAGGCCUGGGCUCAGGGCUACACGGGGCACGGCAUUGUGGUCUCCAUCCUGGACGAUGGCAUCGAGAAGAACCACCCAGACUUGGCAGGCAAUUAUGAUCCCGGGGCCAGCUUCGAUGUCAAUGACCAGGACCCUGACCCCCAGCCUCGGUACACACAGAUGAAUGACAACCGGCACGGCACACGGUGUGCGGGCGAGGUAGCCGCGGUAGCCAACAACGGUGUCUGUGGCGUAGGCGUGGCCUACAACGCCCGCAUUGGAGGGGUGCGCAUGCUGGAUGGCGAGGUGACGGACGCGGUGGAGGCGCGUUCGCUGGGCCUGAACCCCAACCACAUCCACAUCUACAGUGCCAGCUGGGGCCCCGAGGACGAUGGCAAAACCGUGGAUGGGCCUGCCCGCCUGGCUGAGGAGGCCUUCUUCCGGGGGGUCAGCCAGGGCCGCGGGGGUCUGGGCUCCAUCUUUGUCUGGGCCUCAGGGAACGGGGGCCGGGAGCAUGACAGCUGCAACUGUGACGGCUACACCAACAGCAUCUACACACUGUCCAUCAGCAGCGCCACGCAGCUCGGCAACGUGCCCUGGUACAGCGAGGCCUGCUCGUCCACGCUGGCCACCACCUACAGCAGCGGCAACCAGAACGAGAAGCAGAUCGUGACCACGGACUUGCGGCAAAAGUGCACGGAGUCUCACACGGGCACCUCGGCCUCUGCCCCCUUGGCAGCCGGCAUCAUCGCCCUCACCCUGGAAGCCAAUAAGAACCUCACCUGGCGGGACAUGCAGCACCUGGUGGUACAGACCUCGAAGCCAGCCCACCUCAAUGCUAACGAUUGGGCCACCAACGGCGUGGGCCGGAAAGUGAGCCAUUCGUACGGCUACGGGCUGCUGGACGCAGGUGCCAUGGUGACCCUGGCCCAGAACUGGACGACCGUGGCCCCCCAGAGGAAGUGCAUCAUCGACAUCCUCACUGAACCCAAGGACAUCGGGAAGCGGCUGGAGGUGCGGAAGAUGGUGACCGCCUGCCUGGGGGAGCCUAGCCAUAUCACGCGCCUGGAGCACGCACAGGCCCGCCUCACCCUGUCCUACAAUCGCCGCGGUGACCUGGCCAUCCACCUGGUCAGCCCCAUGGGCACCCGCUCCACCCUGCUGGCUGCCAGGCCACACGACUACUCCGCAGAUGGGUUUAAUGACUGGGCCUUCAUGACAACCCACUCCUGGGAUGAGGACCCCUCCGGCGAGUGGGUCCUGGAGAUUGAAAACACUAGCGAAGCCAACAACUACGGGACACUGACCAAGUUCACCCUUGUGCUAUACGGCACGGCCCCCGAGGGGCUGCACACGCCUCCCGAAAGCAGCGGCUGCAAGACCCUCACGUCCAGCCAGGCCUGUGUGGUGUGUGAGGAAGGCUUCUCCCUGCACCAGAAGAGCUGUGUCCAGCACUGCCCGCCAGGCUUCACCCCCCAAGUCCUCGAUACACACUAUAGCACCGAGAACGACGUGGAGAUCAUCCGGGCCAGCGUCUGCGCCCCCUGCCACGCCUCGUGUGCCACCUGCCAGGGGCUGGCCCCCACGGACUGCCUCAGCUGCCCCAGCCACGCCUCCCUGGACCCCGUGGAGCAGACCUGCUCCCGGCAGAGCCAGAGCAGCCGUGAGUCACCGGAGCAGCAGCCGCCCCGGCCACCCCCGGAGGUGGAGGCCGAGCCCCGAGCCAGGGCAGAGCUGCUGCCCUCACACCUGCCCGAGGUGGUGGCCGGCCUCAGCUGCGCCUUCAUCGUGCUGGUCUUCGUCACCGUCUUCCUGGUCCUGCAGCUGCGCUCGGGCUUCAGCUUCCGGGGGGUGAAGGUGUACACCAUGGACCGUGGCCUCAUCUCCUACAAGGGGCUGCCCCCCGAAGCCUGGCAGGAAGAGGGCCCGUCGGACUCGGAAGAGGACGAGGGCCGGGGCGAGAGGACCGCCUUUAUCAAAGACCAGAGCGCCCUUUGACGAGCGCCCACUGCCUGCCCCUUCAAGCCCAUCCCCUCCUUGGGCACUUUUUAAUUCACCAAAGUAUUUUUUUAUCGUGGGACUGGGUUUGGACCCCAGCUGGGAGGCAGGAGGGGCAGAGACUGCUUCCCGCCCUACCUUCGGGCCACCUGGCUGCCUGAGGUGGGGCCCCAGGACCAGCUGGGAGGCAGGGGAGGGCCUCACCCCACCUCCAGCACCUCUUCCGUGUGGAGGAAGGAGUGGAACGUUUAGGGCAGCUUUCCAAGGUCCAGGCCCCAGUCGGAGUCCCUGCGGAGCGAAGCGGGUCAGCCCGUUCGGGCUUCCUGACCCGGGCUGCAGCUCUCAUCCCUUCCCUGUUCCUCUAAAGCAAUAAUGGUCCCCAUCCAGGCAGCAGGGAGGCUGGCCUAGGGGGUAUUUGAAGGAGGAGGCCACCUCUCCAAGGGCUUUUGUAUCCCCGACCCUGUCCCCCACGUCUGGUGAGCCUCUUGAGGAAGCGGUGAUCAAAGGAAGGGACCAAGGAAGGCAGGUGCUUCCAGGGCGAGCAUGCGUGCACGAGAGGUUGUGUCCCUGUGCCCACCUCCACCACAGCUGGCUGCCCACCGAGCGUGGCUGGCCCGACCAGGCCCCCGAGCCAGCAUCCUGACCACCCUACCUUCUCGGGGCCCCCUCCCCUCCCCUCCCGCCAGGGCCCAAGUCCCUGUUUUCUGAGCCCGGGGGGCUGCCUGGGCUGUUGGCACUCACAGUCCCGGAGCCCCUGGGUGGGUGGUGGUGGGGGGACGGUGGCCCAGCCGGCCUCUCCCGCCUCCCACCCAAUGCUGCUUUCCCCUGUGGGGAUCUCAGGGGCUGUUUGAGGAUAUAUUUUCACUUUGUGAUUAUUUCACUUUAGAUGCUGAUUUUUUUUUUUUUUUUUUUUUUGUAUUUUUAACGGGGGUAGCAGCUGGACCACCCACCUUCCCACACCCACUGUCCACUCUGCUGUUCCCCCGGCUACCCUGGCCCCAAGGUGUGGGGGGCUGCAGCAUGUUGCUGAGGAGUGAGGAGUAGUCAAGCCCCCAAGUUCUGAAGAGGCAGGUGGACAAGCCAGGUGGGCCCUAGGAAAGGGGGUCAUGGUGGGAGGAGCAGGCUGUCAUCCGUGUUUCAGGUGGGGCUCAUUGUGCCAAGGGCUCAUGGGUCACUGGUUCUCCAAGUGCCAGGGGUGGGCAGGCGGUGGCACUGAGCCCCCUCCAACACUGUGCCCUUGUGGAGAAAGCACUGACCUGUUCUGCCCCCUUAAGUCCCCCUCUUCUGACGUGCCUUUUGCACCCCUCCCAUUAGGACAAUCAGUCCCCUCCCUUCUGGGAGCCCCCUUUUCUUUCUCUCCCCUGGCCUUUCCUGGCACCCACCCACCUGCCCAGGGGUGUCCCCUCGUCUCUCAUCCCCCCACCCUUGUGGCCAGCCUGGCUAAUUUUGUAAGAUACUGGGUUGGUGCCCAGUGACUUUUUUUUUUUCUUGUAAUUUAAACAGGCCCAGCGUUGUUGGUUCUAUUUAAUGGACACGAGAUAAUGUUAGAGGUUUUAAAGUGAUUAAACGUGCAGACUAUGCAAACCAG